AUGACAGUGAUUCGGAAUCCCGAGUCUUGGCAAACUGAGCAAUCUAACAUCGCUGAAGUGAUGAGUCCAUGUACAUCAACCUGCAGCAGUCGCACAAACGCGUCAAAGCGCAACAAAACGGCAUCAGAUUAUAGAGAUGAACUUAUAGAAUGUGAAAGAAAAAAAAAACUGCUAAUUGAACAGAAAAUGGCAUCCAAUAGUAACCAGUCGGAGAAAUGUGACGAUUAUCAAAUUUUUAUGAGUCUCCUGCCACAAAUGAAAAAAUUUGGUAUAUUACAAAUGUUACGCAUUCGAAAUAAAAUUACCCAAGUCAUAAUAGACGAGGCCGAAAGGAUGCAGUUUUCUCAACCGAGAUACGAGGAAAAUUAUGGAGGAUAUUCGUCUGGCAACUACCCUAAUUAUUAA